AUGGAAGCACUGGCAAAUACAAGUACACUACCCACAGCUACACCAGCUCCAAAUGACAUGAGGAGGACCACCUCGAACAGGUGGGAGUUCUUGGUAGCAGUCUUGGCUAUUGCCAUCUCCAUCUCCAUUCUAAUGGCCCUUUUGGCAAAAUGGCAAGUGGUUCAGCGCUACCUGUCCAGCUAUCGGCACACUCGGUUGAGAGAGACAGACACAGUCAGCCAGUGUGAGCAGUCAGGUCUUGAGGUGGGGUUUGACAUACUUGGGGAAAGUGAAAUAAACCCUCGCCAUCCCGUAAAUGCUGAAGAUGAUGAUGGCUUCAUUGAGGACAACUACAUCCCAACAAGUGAAAGAGUAAGAGCUGAAAGAGCAGCAGAGAACAUGGAGGACACAGAGGAAGAGAUGGAUGAAAAUGAAUUCACCAUUACUUAA